AUGGACAUCACAGACUGGUACUGGGCUGCAGCCAAGCUGUUGAGAAAGCAGCUCCUUGGCCCUUAUUCAUUGUCACCAACUCUUUGUCCCUGCAGCCUACUCCUGAAGCGCAAUAAGUUCCUCUAUAACUUUAAGAACCUGCGGUGGGCGCGGGGCCGGCACGAGACCUACCUGUGCUACAUUGUUAAGCGCCGGUACAGUGCGGACUCAUGCUCUCUGGACUUUGGGCACCUGCGGAACCGGAAUGGCUGCCACGCGGAGGUGCUCUUCCUGCGGUUCCUGUCCGGCUGGGUGGGGCAGGACCCGGGACGUCCAUUCCGAGUCACAUGGUUCACCUCCUGGAGCCCCUGCUGGGACUGUGCAAAGCACACAACAGACUUCCUCCGCGCUCAUCCCAACCUCACCCUGCGGAUCUUCACUGCGCGACUCUACUUCUGUGAGGAUCGAAAUGCGGAGCCGGACGGGCUCCGAAAACUGCAGAAAGCCGGUGUCAGAUUGGGGGUGAUGACUUACAAGGAUUACUUUUACUGCUGGAACACGUUUGUACAAACUCGUGACCGGAAAUUCGAGGCCUGGGAUGGGUUACACGAGAAUUCUGUCAGGUUGUCCAGAAAACUCAGACGUAUAUUACAGCCGCCUUAUGAAAUGGAAGAUUUACGUGAAGCAUUUGAUCUCCUGGGAUUCUGACAAACGGAAAAGAUCUGGAACAUAACACAAAUGCUCAUUAUCAGCACCAGAGACU